AUGUUGUCUUCAACCCCAGCAAACCGGACCAGUGCGGACACCCUCAGAAACCGCCGGCCAAAUAGGUUAGGGCUCGACCCCUCCGAAAAGCCAGGCAACGUGUCACAUGGACACCCAUUCGAGUUUGGUGGUGCUCUAGGGGUGAGCAUGCUCAUGGCGGGAUUCCCUUUGCUCAUGUACUACAUGUAUAUCGGUGCUACCUUCUACGACGGCAAGUUCCCAGUACCCCGGCCUGGAGAAUCAAUCGCCGCUUUCCUUUACCAUCUAGUCGACCUCGUGUACACGCACGCGUUCCCGCACCGCAAGGCCUGGCUUAUCUAUUGGACCUUUCUCGUGCUAGAGGGCCUAGGAUAUCUAUACCUCCCCGGAGUAUACAGAAAGGGGAAGCCUCUGCCUCAUCUGAACGGGAGACAACUCGACUAUUAUUGUUCCGCGGUUUGGUCCUGGUAUGUGACGAUUGCACUCGCGCUGCUGCUGCAUGUCUCUGGUAUGUUCCGGCUGGACACGCUGAUCAAUGAGUUCGGACCGUUGAUGUCCGUGGCCAUUUGUUCCGGGUUCCUCGUCUCAAUCGUUGCAUACGUCUCCGCUCUGGCGCGGGGGGCACAGCAUCGCAUGACCGGAUCUCCUGUCUACGACUUCUUCAUGGGCGCAGAGCUGAACCCCCGGUUGUUCAAGUGGAUCGACAUGAAGAUGUUCUUCGAGGUCCGGAUUCCGUGGUUCAUUCUGUUCCUGCUGACCCUGGGCACGGCACUGAAGCAGUGGGAGGAUCUCGGGUAUGUCUCUGGGGAAGUAUUCUUCAUGCUGCUCGCGCACUUCCUAUACGCCAAUGCUUGCUCCAAGGCCGAGGAUUUGAUUAUUCCAACAUGGGAUAUGUUCUACGAAAAAUGGGGCUUUAUGCUUAUUUUCUGGAAUCUCGCCGGCGUGCCCAUGAGUUAUUGCCAUGGCACUUUGUUCCUAGCGAACCACCACCCAUCUACCUAUAGCUGGAACUCAACCGUCUUGGCUCUUUGGGCCGCAGCAUACGUGUUUGUAUACUGGGUGUGGGACACAUGUAACAGUCAAAAGAACAUUUUCCGCGCGGAGGAGCGAGGAGCAAGCGUGGACCGAACGACAUUCCCCCAGCUCCCCUGGAAGGCAAUCAAGAACCCGAAGACUAUUCGCGCCAAAGACGGCAAAUUCAUCCUCUGUGAUGGGUGGUACGGCAUCGCCCGCAAAAUUCAUUAUACCUGCGAUUGGUUCUUUGCCUUUUCGUGGGGUAUGAUUACCGGCUUCCAAUCGCCUUUCCCAUGGUUCUAUUCGGUUUUCUUCACAGUCAUGAUCAUUCACCGUGCUCGACGCGAUAUUGAGCAGUGUCGGAAGAAAUAUGGUGAAGCUUGGGUUGAGUAUGAGCGUAAGGUUCCUUAUCUUUUCAUCCCAGUAAGUUGUCCUGUCAAGUAG